AUGUAUAAAAUGGAGUACUCUUACCUCAAUUCCUCUGCCUACGAGUCAUGUAUGGCUGGGAUGGACACCUCGAGCUUGGCAUCUGCCUACGCGGACUUCAGCUCGUGCAGCCAAGCCGGUGGCUUUCAGUACAAUCCGAUCAGGACUACAUUUGGGGCCACCUCCGGGUGUCCCUCCCUCACUCCUGGUUCCUGCAGUCUGGGGACACUACGGGACCACCAGAGUAGCCCAUAUACUGCAGUUCCCUACAAACUGUUCACGGACCACGGUGGCUUAAAUGAGAAACGAAAACAGAGGAGGAUCCGCACCACUUUCACCAGUGCGCAACUGAAAGAGCUCGAGCGAGUUUUCGCCGAGACCCACUACCCUGACAUCUACACGCGAGAGGAGCUAGCGCUCAAAAUCGACCUAACUGAAGCCAGAGUUCAGGUGUGGUUCCAGAACAGGCGCGCAAAAUUCCGCAAGCAGGAGCGCGCGGCCGCCGCCGCAGCAGCAGCUGCUAAGAACGGGUCUUCUGGAAAGAAGCCUGACUCAAGAGAUGAUGACGGCAAAGAAACGAAAGCAACAGACCCAGACAGUACUGGGGGUCCGGUGCCUAACGUGAACCCCACCCAAAGCUGUGGUGGCCUAAGCCCGACUGGGGGACAGGUUAACCCCGGUGGGAACGGACCAGUGGAACAAGUGAAGACGCCGGUAGUUGGAGGAUUGGUAGGCACUGCGCCCAGUCAAGGAUGGGCACCCACUCCCGCAAACAUCACUUCCAUUCCGGACUCUUUAGGCGGACCGUUCGCGAGCGUCCUGUCCACUUUGCAGAGACAGAAUGGAACCAAAGCUACUUUAGUAAAAACCAGUAUGUUCUAAUCAGCAAGAUGGAGACGUUUGGAAAAAGAAAAAAAUAAAUAGUUUCCUCUGUCGACUGUACAGUCCUUACUCGUGCAACAAGGAAUGCCAAAAGACAGGAGACACGUUUCCCUACAGUUAAACAAGAAUGAGGACGAGAACACAAUAGCGCUGGCUUGAUUGACAAGUUCUGCGCUAUAGCAACCAACCUUUGCUGCAGACAGCCGACAGUCAGCGAGUGGAGUGACAAAAUACUUGUUCGACGCUGUUUUUAUUUUCACCUUUCUGUGUUCAUUGGGGUGUUGUGGUCAGCACUUACCUUUACAUGUUCAGGUACAUUAAUCUGUCACGAAUGUAUUGUCAUACAGGCCAAAUGUUAUCAUUCUGUGGCCUUUAUUCGCAUUUGUCAGGUUAAUUUAAACAAUUCAAAUAUAAAUUCCAACGAAUCCAAAUUCAAGUCACUGUUGAUGAAACAUGCCACAUUCUUUUCACGAAUACAUAUAGCGUACGAACAAGCACGGUCUCUUGCGUUAUGAAUAAAUAAGUAUUAAAAGGCACCUGACUUAGUUCUCUUCGUAUUUUUCCAGGCAACAUGAAGUACGUUUCAAGAUCAAAUCAGAUAUAAAUUGUAUUUUUUGAGAACAGUAUAGGUGGCCUUUUAACUGUUGUAGUUAUUGUUACGUUAAAAAUAUAUUAUUUCCAAAAGGCACAAACUGCACAUUUCACUGUUGACAGGAAUACUUCAAUGUUUUGUGUGUCCUUCUACAGCUGUAUUUGUGUGGCUCAGAUGUGUAGUGUUAAUAGAUAUAAACCCGUCUUUAUUGUUGACCCUAGGACGUUUCCCCUUCGAGUUUAUGGAGUGUUUUGACGUUUUACAAUGUCACCACGUGCGAAUUACUUCUGGCAUAAACUGAAAUAAUUUAAGCACUGUACGUGUAAAAUUUUAGUUGCAUGUUGUCUUUUUCUGUCCAAUUUUUAAAUAUAUUUUUCUUUUUAGUGAGUCAAAUAUUUCCGGUUUUGUCCAGAUUUGAAAAUUAUUUAUAUGUAGGUAA